UCUGUUUUUUUAUUAAAUAUUGUAGAUAAUUUAUCUUAUUUUUUCCACUUCCAGAUGAACUCAAUAUUCUUGCCGAGCUACUCACAACCGGUGUCGACACCGCAGACCAAAUCCGUACAGCUGGCUCAUCAGCUUAUGGACAACGCCGCCAUGGCGGCACAAUUUAGUCGACGCUUCGAACAACUCUUGCGCUCUGAGAAAUUCUAUGAUUGUGUUUUUCACAUUGCCGGCGCCCAAUUGAAGUGCCACAAAUUGAUAUUGUCCACGGCGAGUCCAGUUUUCGAAGCCAUGUUUUAUGGACCGCUACGCGAACAACAACAAGAAAUCGAAAUUUUGGAUAUUAGCGCCGAGACUUUUCAGAUGCUUUUAAAUUACAUAUACGCCGGUGUCAUAGACUUUGAGUCACUCACGCUGGAGGACGCUAUCGAGCUAUACUAUUGCGCUGAGAAAUAUUUAAUCACAGAUUUGACCAACAGUUGUCUGGUGGCGAUAGCGCGCAAGUUACGCUACAACAAUAUAUUACCCGCGCUGGAACUUUGUGUCUGCAUGGAUCUGCGCGAUUUGCUAGACGUCUGCAUGUCGUUCUUUACACGCUGCUGCAUCAAUAAUCCACAAUACAUGACCUCACAUAAGAAUCACUAUGUGCAUGUAUCCAAGGAUUGCAUUAAGGCGAUCAUAGCGGCUAAUAAGAGUGAGAAGACCAGUAAACAGUUGUUGUGGUUCGUCUAUGAGUGGUGUCAGCAGGAAUGUCACGAAUUAGGUUUACAACAGGAGGAUUGUGCAUUAAUUAUAAAUGAUCUUCAAUUGCCCGUAAGCGGUGUUGAGUGUGAAGAUCAUGCGCUCCAGUCGUCACAACAGCCAAAACAGCAAUGCCAUGCGAUUGAACGCAGCUAUUUCAAGGCAUGUCGUCCGUUUAUUGUCGAUCAGGACACACACGUUUGAAAA